UUCUCCGCUCUCCCUUCCUAUAAAAGAGCUGCCUUCUCCAACCCUAGGGUUUCUCUGCGCCUUCUAGGGUUUUUUGCACCUGUUUCUCUUUUGGCAAAACCCUCUGCGGCGAAAAUGGUGAAAGGGCGCCAGGGCGAGCGUGUCAGGCUGUACGUGCGAGGAACGAUUCUCGGAUACAAGAGAUCGAAGUCGAACCAGUACCCAUCGACAUCUCUGGUUCAGAUCGAGGGCGUGAAUACGAAGGAGGAGGUGACCUGGUACUGCGGCAAGAGGAUGGCGUACAUCUACAAGGCCAAGGUCAAGAAGGACGGUUCUCAUUAUAGGUGCAUUUGGGGGAAGGUCACCCGCCCGCACGGGAAUUCUGGGAUUGUGCGGGCUCAGUUCAAAUCCAACUUGCCCCCCAAAUCCAUGGGAAGUAAGGUUAGGGUAUUUAUGUAUCCAAGCAACAUAUAAGGGUAAUGGUGCCCUGUCCGUGGUGAAGUUGAGUUAGAGGGAUUUUGCUGGUUAUUUCUAGUUCAAGGUUUGAAAGUUUUUUUUUGUAAUUGGCCGCCAAACUAGUAGUUUGUUAGAAUUUCUUUUCCUCUUGAAUGGAAAUGCAACAUUCCUUGCGAUAUGGUUGUCAGUUUUCUCUGUUUGGGAUUCUUUUCUUCCCUUGUUUUGCUGAGUUGCAAGCGGGAAACUCCCGUCGUGACUUCAGUCACAAGUUAUUCAAGUAGACUAGUGUUUACAAUUUGUGUUGA